AUGAAUGAAAAUAAACCAUACAUACCCUUUUCAAACCACUACGACGACAAAUGGAUUAACGAAUUGUUGGAGGGUGCUGAACUGACGGUGCUGCAAGCCAGUGGAGACGCAGAUCAGCUGAUUGUAGCAACUGCGCUUCAGUUGUCAGUCACAGAAAAAUCAGUUGUCGUGUCUGCAACAGACACCGAUAUCUUCGCCAUGCUCAUCCAGAGAUAUUCUUCAGAAAACGAUGUCUAUAUGCUGAUGCCUGGAGUAAGUGGCAGGGAGCGGAGAUGUGUCGCUAGGAGAGCGAACUAUCUGCGCUCUGUACGGUGUGCCCGAAAGUCAGACGCUCCUAGGCGUGCGCCACAGCAUCUUCAGCCAACGGCCAGGAAAGAUCUCACCCCGGAGUUGAAGUUAAAACUCAUGCCACCCACGAGUGGGGCUGCAUGCUACCAUACACUUCGCGUGUAUCUUCAGGUGCAGGAUGGGCUCGGGCACAAACUGGAUGCCACACAGUUUGGCUGGCGAGAAGGUUUUGGUCGAUUGCUGCCAGUUAUUUCGGACGACCCUCCUGCUCCGGACAGCCUACUGAAACUUUUCAGAUGUGGCUGCACUACGGGCUACAAUCAGAACUGUCGAUGCCGCCGGGCAAGUAUGCCCUGCAAGUCCUAUUGCGCAAGAUGUGAAGGCAACUGCACCAAUAACGAGCCUGUAGUUCUCGAUGACGCAGAAACAGACGCUGACGAAGACAUCGAUGACCCGACGAUGUAA